AGGAGUGCACCGUUUAUAUCUAAGCAGAGUUGCCUCUGUCUGUAGCACAGCGCUAACCAACAUGUUAUGUUAUAUUCUUAUAUGUUAACCAUGCUAUAGAAGGUUUAAUCGGUGUUAUAACACUUUUUUUGCCUAAGUAAGAAUCUGAGAGGAAAUUUCAGGCGAAUUUUGUAUGAUUUUGCUACUUUAACUAGCUAGCGUAUCUGUUAACUAGCAUAGCAAGAAACUGUUUGCUAACAAUAAUUCCCUUCAUCAGAUAGAUAGGCUUUAAAGUUUCUGUUUAUUUCAAAGUUGUUUCCUAAAUUGUGCUGCAAUGACACGCCACGGGAAGAACUGCACAGCUGGUGCCGUUUACACCUACCACGAAAAGAAGAAAGACACAGCUGCAUCAGGUUAUGGGACUCAAAGCGUUCGUCUGGGAAAAGACGCCAUCAAAGAUUUCGAUUGUUGCUGCCUCUCGCUGCAGCCAUGCAGAGACCCCGUUGUUACUCCUGAUGGAUAUUUGUAUGAAAAAGAAGCCAUCCUGGAGUACAUCCUGCACAGAAAGACAGAGAUUGCCAAAAAAAUGAAGGCAUAUGAGAAGCAGAAGAAGGCUCAGCGGAGUGAGAACCACCUGGAAGCCACAUCUGAGCAGCGCGAGCGAGUGAAGAACUUCAAGAAGAACGAGGGCAGCAUUGUGUCCAAGCCCAUCAACCCCUUCACCUCAGGUAAAGAUGGAGCCGCUCAGAAUGGGUCAAAAGCCAUGGGCAGUACCGCUGGAUCAGAUUCAGCAGUUGCGGGCUCUAGCUCUGGCUCCAGCAUUAGUUCCACCUCAGCGUUGCCAAGUUUCUGGAUCCCCAGUCUCACUCCAGAAGCUAAGCCUACAGCAGUGAAGAAACCAGAUAAGACAGUGCUGUGUCCGAUGUCCGGGCGCCCUCUGAAGAUGAAUGAGCUGGUCACUGUGCGCUUCACUCCUCUGGACCUCCUGGACAGGGUGAAGUUACUCACACGCCAGGAUCGCUAUGUGUGUGCUGUUACCAAAGACACGCUGGGUAAUUCGCUCCCAUGUGCUGUACUCCGCCCCUCAGGAGCUGUGGUUACAUUGGAGUGCGUGGAGAAGCUGAUUCGAAAAGACAUGAUUGAUCCAGUAAAUGGAGAAAAACUAAAGGAAAAAGACAUCAUUGUUCUUCAGAGGGGAGGAACGGGCUUUGCAGGAUCAGGAGUGGACCUCAGGGCUAAAGAGGCCCGUCCUGUCAUGCAGGCGUGAGAGGCGGAGGUAGAGUGGUGUCCGUGUAAACAUUCUUUUGUGUACCGUUUUCCUGUUUGAAUUAUGAAAUUUGAAACUGUACAUGAAUUUGUUGUUAAGUUUGUGUUUGUUUAUUUCAUUUUUUUUUCAAUACAAAUAUCAAACACACAUAAAUUUAAACACAUUCACGAUGUAGAU